AAAAGCGUUAAAGACAGUUGAAGUAGACUUUGUUGGACAUUCUCCCAAACAGAAAAAUAUAUAUAUUGAAUUAAUCGGUUGCAAUAUUUUUAACAAUGCUACAAGAGGAUGCUGUUCGCAAUUUACAAUAUGACAGUGAAAUUCGUGUAGCUCAACAAAAUCACUCGGAACCAAGAGUUUUCGAUGGUCCCGUUAGUAUAACUUCUCAACCAAGAGUUUCUGAUCGAAUACCACUGCCUAUCUCAACUGUCGAACAAAAUGCCAGAGGUGUACAAAGUACUUACAUACCACUAUCGGGAUAUGAUUUUCUCAAGGACAUACCUUCCGUGUAUAUAGAACAAACAUUUGAAUUGAAUGAGUCUCUCACCGGCGUUUCAUCCGAAAAUCGUUAUGUAGUACGUUCCGUUGUGGGUGAAGCAUUGUAUGCCGCCUCGGAAUACUCAACCGAAAGAAAUCGUUUAAUAUUGGGAUCAGCUCGUCCAUUUCAUAUGCAUUUAAUCGAUAAAACCCAUCAGGAGGCUUUGUUGUUUCAGCGUAAAUUGGCAUUGGGUUUCAUGUGUUGUCAACCCAAAAGUUUAGAGGUGUGGAUACCACCGGGUAAUAUUUUGGGACGUAUUGUACAAUCACCCACAAUCCUGGCACCCGAAUUUUACAUUGAAGACGGUGUUACAGGCAAUCCCAUAUUUUGCGUCGAGGGGCCCAAGAAUACGGGUUUCUGUUGUUUUUGUUUACCCAAAGAGACAUAUUUUAAAAUACACUCGGGCGGAGAAUUAAGAGCUUCGAUAGAUCGCAAAUGGAUGAAUGGCAAAUCGCAGUAUACAACAAAUAUUUAUUUCAGUGAUGCAAAACUGACAUCAAAAGAUCGCGCCCUAAUAUUGGGUGCGGCAUUUUUGUUGGAAUAUCUUUAUUUCCAAACUAGAUUUUAAACGCCAAAAGACGUGCCAUCUACAACCCAGAGUCCCAGAAAACAAACGCAACAACAAAUAUUGUUUUUAUUUUUCAAAAGUUUUAAUUUUAUUUUUUGUUUGUUAUUUCAAACAUUUGUUUUUUUUUUUUGUAAUUUUUUUUUGUUGUUUUUCAUAUAUUCAUUCUAUAUAUAAUAAUUGUUCACAAUACACAGACAAUUACAAAUAAUGUAAUUUUUUUAUACAAAUGUUGUUUUUAUAAGUUUAAAUAUACAUUUUUUAAAAUAUAUAUGUAUAUGUAUAAUUAUGUUUUUUUUGCAAAUACAUUAAGAGAUAUUUUUUGUUUAA